AUGGGCGAUCUCCCUCCUUCUCGUGUCUCUCGCCUCAAACCUUUUUCCCAUACUGGUGUUGAUUUCGCGGGUCCCUUCAAAGUCACUAUGAGUAAACACCGUGGAAUUCGUGCUUCUAAGGCUUAUCUUUGCUUGUUCGUUUGCUUCGCGACAAAAGCUGUACAUUUGGAACUUGCUUCUGAUUUGACGAUGAAUACCUUUCUUGCAGCUUUGAAGCGGUUCAUUGCUCGUCGUGGGCGUUGUUCCAACUUAUAUAGCGAUUGUGGUACCAAUUUUGUCGCCGCUCAUAGGUAUUUGAACGAACUAUUCGCCAAGGCUGCUUCUGCGGAAUCAAUCACUUGGCAUUUCAACCCUGCUUCUGCACCUCAUUUCGGAGGUCUUUGGGAGUCUGCAAUCAAGUGUGCAAAGAUGCAUCUUCUUCGAGUUGUUGGAGAGCAGAUUCUCCCGUACGAGGAGCUUAACACUGUCUUCACUCAGGUCGAAGCUAUUCUUAAUUCUCGUCCGCUGACACCCGUUAGUAAUGAUCCCCAUGAUUUUUCUGCCCUAACUCCAGGCCACUUCCUUACUUUAGAACCGCUGACUGCUCUACCAGAGCAAGAUAACACUGCUCUUCCCAUCAAUAGACUUACACGUUGGCAACUUCUAGAGCGUAUGCACCGCGAUUUUUGGAAUCGUUGGUCCAAAGAAUAUUUACACAACUUACACCAAAGAAGUAAAUGGCAUCUAUCCAGUACGCCUGUUAAAGAAAAUGUGCUAGUCCUUAUAAAAUCGGACAACUUGCCACCCUGUAAAUGGCAAUUGGGACGUAUAGUUGAAUUGCAUCCUGGUGCAGACGGUUGUACUAGGGUUGCUUCAGUAAAAACUGCUGAUUACAAUAUUCUUAAAAGACCUGUUAUCAAACUUUGUCCCCUUCCACUAGAGGAUAGUUAA